AUGUUCGUCCUGCAGAAGUCUAUAUUAUCAGCUUGCAGCAGAAAUUGUGGAGGAUCAUGGGCACGUGCAUUACCACCUUCACAUCCUGCAAUAAAGGAUACCAGACAAAGAGAUAUUCACGAGGUUUCUGGAGAUGUUGUUCCCAUAAAUAUGGUCAAGGGAAUCGGACAUCUCAGAGAUCCUCGUUUGAAUAAGGGUUUGGCUUUUACUCUGAAGGAGAGAAUAUCAUUGGGAAUUCAUGGUCUCCAACCACCACGAUUUAAAACUCAAGAGGAACAAUUGGCAUUAUGCAAGGCUUCGGUUAUGAAAUAUACAGAAGAUUUAAAUCGUUAUCUCUACCUCGUCGAAUUACAGGAAAGAAACGAAAGAUUAUUUUUUCGAUUAUUAAGUGAAAACAUUGAACAAAUGAUGCCAAUUGUUUAUACCCCAACAGUUGGAUUAGCUUGUCAAAAAUUUGGUGUCAUAUAUCGUAGACCACGUGGAUUAUUUAUAACCAUAUACGACAAAGGUCACAUUUAUGAGAUUCUCAACAAUUGGCCUGAACAAGCGGUUCGUGCAAUUUGUGUUACCGAUGGCGAGAGAAUUUUAGGUUUGGGUGAUUUAGGUGCCUGCGGUAUGGGAAUUCCAGUUGGAAAAUUGGCACUUUACACUGCUUUAGCUGGUAUAAAACCUCAUCAAUGUUUACCAAUUACAAUAGACGUAGGUACCAAUAACGAACAACUUCGUGAUGAUCCUCAUUACAUUGGUUUAAACAAACCAAGAAGUCAAGGUGCUGAAUAUGAUGAAUUGAUCGACGAAUUUAUGGCUGCUUGCGUACGAAAAUAUGGGCAAAACGUUCUUAUUCAAUUCGAAGAUUUUGGAAAUCACAAUGCUUUUCGUUUUCUGGACAAAUAUCGUGACAAAUAUUGCACUUUUAACGAUGACAUUCAAGGAACAGCAGCUGUAGCAGUUGCUGGUAUACUUGCAUCGAAAAGAAUAACGAAAAGAAAAAUGUCUAAUAACAAAUUUGUAUUUCUUGGUGCUGGUGAGGCAGCAAUAGGAAUAGCUGAUUUGUGCGUGAAAGCAAUGGAAGCUGAUGGUUGUACGGAAGCGGAGGCUCGAAAUAAUAUUUGGAUGAUGGACAUCGAUGGUUUGUUGGUAAAAAAUCGUCCGGAAGGUAAUCUGGAGGGUCAUAAAAUAUGGUAUGCCAAGGAUUACAAGAUAAUGAAAUCUUUGAUCGACGUUGUUCGCGAAGUUAAGCCAACUGUUUUGAUUGGAGCCUCGGCAGCGGCUGGUGCUUUCACCCCAGAAGUUCUCAAAGAAAUGGCAAAGAACAAUGAAAGACCAUUGAUCUUUGCUUUGAGUAAUCCAACAAGUAAAGCUGAGUGUACUGCACAACAGGCAUACGAUUUCACCGAUGGUAGAUGCAUAUUCUCAUCUGGUUCACCCUUUGGCGAAGUUAAACAUAACGGAAAAAUUUACAAACCAGGUCAGGGUAACAACGCUUACAUAUUCCCUGGAAUUGCAUUAGGUGUUAUUGCAACUGGAGUACAUCACAUUACCGAAGAUUUAUUCCUUAUUUCUGCUCAAUCGAUAGCCGAUCAUGUAACUAAUGAAGAUCUUGAAAUGGGUAGUUUAUAUCCACCCUUGAGCACUAUUCGAGAAUGUUCGAUCGAUAUUGCCGUUAAAAUAGCCAAUUAUGCUUAUGCCAAAAGUGGUUUAGCUAGCGAAUAUCCCGAGCCAAAGGAUAAACGACAAUUUAUUGUCAGUAAGAUGUAUGAUGCCAACUAUGAUAGCCCACUGCCAAAUUUAUACGAUUGGCCAAGUGAUUAUGCCGAACCUCGUGUAUUACCAGACAAAUUAUAACGUGUUGGCGAGUGUUUAACAAGGCAGCGCCUGUGAACAAAACAAAAAUAUACAAAUUAUAUAUACACAAACACACACGCAUACACAACACGUACACACUCGUUUCUAAAUUUAUUUUAAUGACUGAAAAAGUACGAUCGUUCUCUUAGCCCUUAACGAAUCUAUUAUUAAUUAGUAUUAUUACUAUUAUUAUUAUUAUUAUUAUUAUUAUUAUUAAGAGAUGAAUUAAAUAAUUUAAUGUGACUACAUAGUAAUAAAAAGUAUUACAAUAUAAUUAAUAUUCCAUAAUUAUCAAAACGGUUGUUGUUUACGAUAGUUAAGGGUUGAGGAUGGUCAGACCGAACAGUAUUUAAAUUAUAAUAAUUAACAAAAAAAUGUUGGUAAGAAAAAGUGUGAGAGAGGGAAAAAUACCUCAAAAAAAGUGAAUGUUACUUUUUACAAAUCAAUUAUAUACUUUUGUCGUGUGUAUUUAUGUGACAGCAUAUCGUACUUAUUUAUUUUAAUUACUAUUAGAUAAAAUAAUAUUAUUUUGUUUUUAAAUUAUAGAAAGAUCUCAAAUGAUUUUUCGUACAAAUUCUUCGCUAAACAUUUGUGAUAUCGUUCGGUCGAAAUAUUAUAUUAGAAAAAAUGAAAUUUUUACAUGAUUUUAAAUCAAAGUAAUUGUCCAAAAUUUAAAAGAUAGUUAUUGAAAAACAUUUAGAUUGAUUGUUCAAUGUUCGUCGUAUAAAAAAGAAAAAAGGAAGUAAAAAAAUAUUAUAUUGUCUUAUCAUGAAAAAAUAUGUAACUGCACAAUAAUGUCGCGUUAGUUGUGUGUCACUUGUAUUUCUCUUUUCUUUUUUAUUUUUUUUUUUCGAUAUCGAUAAUAAACCUCAGGAGGAUCGUUGUAAUUUACGAAAUAUAUUGUAACCGGUAUUUUUUGUACAGUAUUUUCAGCAUACAUCUUUUUAUUAUUAAGAUAAAACCACAAAAAAAAAAAAAAA